CCAAUAGGAGCGCAGCGCUGCGCGGCUCGCCCCGCCCCCCGAGGCGGGCGGGUUAGGCUGCGCGGCGGCACGGAGGGUUUUCCUGCGCCGCCAUCUUGGCGGGGGGCGGCUGCCAGCCCGCGCGAGCUAUGGCCGCUACCGCCGCCAACCCGGAAAUGGCAUCAGAUGUUUCCUCGCUGAAUGCAGCUGUCAGCUCUGGGAACCCUGGGUCGGGUGCACAAGCUGGAGGAGCCAUCGUUCAGAGAGCCAACAAGAGGCGUCCUGGGCUUGAUUUUGAUGAUGAUGGAGAAGGGAACAGUAAAUUCCUCAGGUGUGAUGAUGACCCAAUGCCAAAUGAUAAGGAGAGAUUUGCCAGGUCUGAUGAUGAACAGAGUUCAGCGGAUAAGGAGAGACUUGCCAGGGAAAAUCACAGCGAGAUUGAACGUAGGCGAAGGAACAAGAUGACUGCCUACAUCACAGAGCUGUCAGACAUGGUGCCCACCUGCAGUGCCCUGGCCCGUAAACCAGACAAGCUUACCAUCUUGCGCAUGGCUGUCUCUCACAUGAAGUCUCUGCGUGGCACAGGCAAUACCUCCACUGAUGGCACCUACAAACCCUCUUUUCUCACUGACCAGGAACUCAAACACCUGAUCCUAGAGGCAGCCGACGGCUUUCUGUUCAUAGUGUCCUGUGAGACUGGGAGGGUGGUGUAUGUCUCUGAUUCUGUGACUCCUGUCCUGAACCAGCCCCAGUCUGAAUGGUUUGGCAGCACCCUAUACGACCAGGUGCACCCAGAUGACGUGGGCAAGCUGAGGGAGCAGCUUUCCACAUCAGAGAAUGCACUGACAGAAGGAACCAAACCCUGGUGCCUUUCUAACAAGGAUCCUGCAGCCCCCCCUGAGAAUGCAUCCAAAGGUCGCAUCCUAGAUUUAAAGACAGGUACUGUCAAGAAGGAAGGCCAGCAGUCCAUGAGAAUGUGCAUGGGUUCACGAAGAUCUUUUAUCUGCCGAAUGAGGUGUGGCAACAGCUCAGUGGAUCCGGUUUCUGUAAAUCGUCUCAGCUUUAUGAGGAAUCGCUGCAGGAAUGGCUUAGGUGCAGCAAAAGAUGGUGAACCUCACUACGUUGUGGUGCACUGCACAGGUUACAUAAAAGCCUGGCCCCCUGCAGGUGUUUCACUGCCUGAUGAUGACCCGGACGCUGGCCAGGGCAGCAAGUUUUGCCUCGUGGCUAUUGGCAGACUCCAGGUCACUAGCUCGCCCAACUGUACAGACAUGAACAACGUUUGUCAGCCAACAGAGUUCAUCUCCCGACACAACACCGAAGGCAUUUUCACCUUCAUAGAUCACCGCUGCGUGGCUACUGUUGGCUACCAGCCACAGGAACUUCUGGGGAAAGACAUUGUGGAUUUCUGCCACCCAGAAGACCAACAGCUUUUGCGGGACAGCUUUCAGCAGGUGGUGAAGUUAAAAGGCCAGGUUCUGUCAGUCAUGUUCCGAUUCCGAUCCAAAAACCGGGAAUGGCUCUGGAUGAGAACCAGCUCCUUUACCUUCCAGAACCCCUACUCGGAUGAAAUUGAGUACAUCAUCUGUACCAACACCAAUGUCAAGAACUCAAGCCAGGAAUCUCGGCCUGCCCUUUCAAACUCAAUGCAGAGGCCCCAGCUGGGGCAGAGCGUCAGUCUUCCCCUGGAGAUGGGCACAGCACAGCUGCCCUCAAGGCAGCAGCAGCCCCCACAACAGACAGAGUUGGAGGUGGUCCCAGGAAGAGAGAGUCUGUCUGGUUACGACCACUCACAGGUUCCUGUUCAGCCUGUUACUGCUGCUGGCCCAGAACAUAGCAAGCCAUUGGAGAAAGCAGAGAGCCUUUUUAAUCAGGAGAGGGACCCAAGGUUCAGUGAAAUCUACAGCAGUAUCAAUACAGACCAGAACAAAGCCAUUCCUGCCAGCACAGUCCCUGCCAACCAGCCCAUCUUUCCACAGGGAAACACUUUUACUCCAUCACGGCCUGCCGAGAACUUCAGGAGCAGCAGCAUGGUACCUCCUGUGAACAUUAUUCAGCAACAGCCCUCAUCAGCAGGCCGGAUCUUAGCACAGAUUUCACGCCACUCCAACCCUGCUCAGGUCAGCGGAACCAACUGGGCUCCGGGGACUCGGCCACCGUUCACACCCCAGCAAGUGGCAUCCCAAACAGUGAAGACUCGCCCCCCUUCAUUCAGCAUGGGGGCUUUCCAAGGCACCCCGUCCUCCUUCAGCCCAAUGACAGCACCUGGCUCUACAGCUUCCCCCAGUGGGACCGCUUACCCAAACCUUGCUAGCCGUGGCACUGGCUUCACAACAGAGGCAGCGCAGACCCCUACUCCAUUCCAGACACGGGCAACAGAAGGUGUGGGAAUGUGGCCGCAGUGGCAAGGACAGCACCAUGGCCCGCCGUCUGGGGAGCAGCACGUGCAGCAGCCGCAGCCAAGCCAGCCUGAGGUCUUCUCAGACAUGCUGACAAUGCUGGGAGACCAAGGACCCAACUACAACAAUGAAGAGUUCCCAGAAUUGAAUAUAUUCCCUUCUUUUUCAGAAUAAAACAAGUCCUGGGGAAAGCAAACUAUAGCUAUAUAUAAUAUCCAUGUGUAAAGGAAAACACCUAAGUCUUUUUUUCAAAGACUGCUGAACUUUCUAAACACUUCCAACCUUCUGGAGGCAAAGCUCUGCCUGACAGCCUGGAGGACGGAUGGCCUAUGCAGGAUGAUGAUGCUGUGGUUUCGGGCAUCUCCUCUGUGCGGUGCUGGCAGUGAGGGCUGUUUGCCAGGAGGAUUGAGGAGCACUAGAGUUCUGUGAGAGCAGCUGUGCUCAUUGACUGAUGGCCCCAUGUUUCUGGAGCUGCUUCUGAGCAGUUUUUGUUCAGCAUACUGGGUUGCUAGGGGGUAUUCCAGUCUGGAUUGCAGACAGCCUGCCCCUUACCCCAGAACUCAUAAGGUGGCUCAUGCCGUUUUAUUUCAACCUUCUAUAUCGUGCCUCUUUUCUAUAAAACACAAAACGAAGUAUUGUAACUUUUUAAAUAUUGUAAGAAACUCUUCCAAGUGUUAACUCUGUAUAACACAAGUCUGGAGGAUGCUUGGGUAAGAAUCUUUGUCAAAAGCAAGCUUUCUUGUCAGGAGUCAUCUACUGGAGGAAGCUUUGAUGUCUCUGGAAGGUUGUUACAGUGUCUCCAGUCUGGGGUGCUUUAUUUAGAUUCCCAUGUUCGCAGCCAUGUUGGUGUGUGUUUGGACACCAUCUUUUCUGUGAACUGUGCAAUCAAUAUGGGCCUCUGUUGUCAGUGUGACCCGUAAACUCUCUCGGGGCCCAGUCAUUCAUGUGAAUGACAGGAUAGUUACGAGCCAUAAAAAUAUUAUGUAUGUAGCUUUUUUCUUGAUGCAUCAGUUUUGCAGCUGAUGGUUUCAUGCUGUCAUGAACUAAUGUUUCAAUGUUUUUUUUUUUGUUGAGGUGGGGUGGAGGGAUGGGAUGGAUUGGACUGCUCUGCACUUUCCAUGCAACUUUACUACUUCUAGAUCAAGUUUCUCACCUUUAUUUUGGAGCUGGAUGUCUGGUUCCCUGCACAGAGGCCCUUGAUUCAUUCAGGAACUGGCUGGGAAACUGCAUUUUUCACUACGUGCCCUGAACAGCAGUGUUCACUCUUACAUUCACAGUCUUAAAGAAAAAUUCCUGCCAUGUGGUGACGCUGUUGCCAAAUCACAAAAUGGAGGAGAGCAGGAGAAAAGGGAUCAGAAUUAUUUAAAAAUAAUAAUAAUAAAUCUUGACUUUGUAUCUGCUGGCUUCUUCAGCAGAAAAACUUGUGGCAAAUCUUGCUCUCCUCAGGGUGUGUAGGGUCUGGAAGAACAGUUUGAUUCCCCCUGUGAUGGCAAGUUGUGCUUAAAUUUCAACUGGAUAAUUUGUUCAUUGGGGAGUUUGACUUGGAAGGAAACAGCAUAACUGCAGUGGGGAAAGAAUAUGAAUAUUUCCUGGAAACCUGGUUUUGUUUUGGAUGAAGUCUGCUGGGCAUUUCUCCCUCCUCCCUGCAUGUUGGUGAGACUCCCCUGUGGAAUGGCAUCCUCUUUGGUGUGGUGAAAGGAAGGGUUGUGGUGACUUUCAGGUCUCAGUGGUGAGGAGAGAACCUCCAAAAAGCAGGUUUUGGAGACUUACCUAGCAGAUAAUGUCCAUAUGGGGAAGGCUUUGAGUGAAACAUUUGUGUUACUGUAAAGUAAAAAUGAAUUUCAGUAUUUGCAAAGACCCAGAAAAGUUCCUCUUGGUAGUAGAGCAGAACUUUCCUUUUUUUUCCCUCCUGCCUUUGUUGGGAAAGGAAGACUUGAAUUUUUGCUUCAAAAUUACCUAUGAAAAAUGCAAACCUCCUAUUACAGAGCUGGGAAACCUCCCUUGAUCCAUCCCCAUCCUUUUUUUUUUUUUUUUUUUACCCAGGGAAACUCCUACCAGCAGUAACUAUGUUGGGUUCCUCUUUGCCUGCAGUGCCCCAUUUGCAUUGUGCCCCAUGCUGUCUCUCUUGCCAGUUCCCUGGCUGUUAGGCUGCAGAGUUUCCUCAGGCUUAGAGGAGAUCUAUUUUGUGAAGUAGUAUGGUGUUAACUGUGUAGUGUUAACUGUCCCAAGUGUUCGUACUUGAGCUCGUGGUGCGUGCUUGCAGGGCAAAGGGGGUCCGUGAAGGACCAGCGUUGAACCACAUUGUCCUCGAGUGGUGAAGCUGUUCUGACCUGACCAGAUGGAGAAUGGAUCAGCACUUUCCUGCCAAAAGAGAAGGAAAAUUCUUGUUCCUACAUAAAUCAAGCCCUGUGUAUUGGAGGGGAACUUGACCUUUUGUGAAGCUACAGCUCUGAUACUUUCCAGACUGAUUUCCAGCUGUUUAGCUCUGUCCCAGGGCAGCAGUGGGAGCUGAACUUGCUGCUGGUGCUUUGAACCCACCCCUGAACACAUCAAGAGGUUGGGGGCUGCAUGGAGAAAAAGCCAAAACUGUCAGGUCUGUAUCUCCCCAGGCUGAGAGCAUGUCUGUCCCUUCACUCCUGCCCAUGGGCAUCUAAGCUCUGGUGGGUGACACUGCUGCAGACCCCUGGUUUCAGGUCCUGCCAUGGACAAUUCGAGCAGCUGGGGAAAAUAGGCUGAGCAGCCAGCAAAUGCCAAGCCUGUUGGGGAAAAAAAAGCCAAGUCUGUUGGGAAAUGUUGGCCUGGCUGUGGUGCUGGCAGCAGCUCAGGACCGGGAGUGGCAAGGGGCUGGUUGGGUUUUGGCACCUGUGCCCUUCCUCAUGCUGCUCGAGGGACAGAGCUGGGGAGGGCAGUGGGCAUGGUGGGACAGCUGGGGGAGAGGUGUGUUCCAUCAUGUCCUGUUUUGAUAAUUGUAUUAUUUUUCAAUGUGUGUGGGGGGUGUUUUGUCAUACAGUUGCUUGGGGCAGGCAGGAGCCAAAUCUCUCUGGGGGCUUGUUUUGGGCCCAGGGCUCUGUGUUGGUGCAGGGGUUGCAGAUGAUUAUAUGUAGCAGAGAUUCUACAACAAGAUAUUUUCCCUU